AUGCGUUUCUUCACUUCCUUCGCUGUCGCCGCUCUGGCCGCCAUUGCCUCUGCUUCUAGCAAGUCCAACUCGUUCAACAUCCCCGUCACUGGCUACACCUUCAAGGUCGGCGAGGCCACCACUUUGACCUGGACCCCAUCCACCAGCGGCACCGUCACUCUGCGCCUGCAAUGGGGCGCCGUGACCACUGCCAACUCCGGCACUGUCAUCGCCUCCAACCUCGACAACGACGGCAGCUACACCUGGGACGUCCCCGCCAACCUGGCUGCCCAGCCCGACUACACCAUCGAGAUCAUCUCCGAUGAGGAUAGCGCCGACUACAACUUCCUGCCUCGCUUCACUGUCGAGGGUUCCACCGUCUCUGUCUCUACUUCCACCGCCAGCAAGACCACCAGCACCUCGUCUGAGUCCACCAGCUCCGCCACCCCGACCACCACCAUGACCACCGACUCAUCCAGCUCCGCCUCCACCAGCUCCCAGACCACCAUGGCCACCUCCAGCUCGGCUGCCAGCACCUCCGCUUCAACCACCGACUCUUCCAGCUCCAGCGCCAGCUCUAGCACUGCCUCCUCCACCAGCGCCAGCUCCGCUGCUAGCUCCUCCGCCUCGGCCACCGAGUCCGCUGUGCCUACCACCAACGCCGGUGUCGCCAACCGCGUCUCUGGUGGUCUCCUGGCCGUCGUCGCCGGUGCCAUUGUCAUGCUGUAA